AUGUUCAAAGCAGCUGCUAUAACAUUAUGUCGUGCUGGCAAUAGAAAGGCUCCAGCAAAGUUCAACGCCAAUCAAUCGGCCAAGAAGCAUUUUAAGAGUAUGGAGACAGCCUCUAGACUAAAGGAGGAGAAGAGAAUGCUGAAACAAGAGGAGGCUCUCAUCCCAACUGAUCCUCUCGUCAUCCGUGCCUACAAAGAGUUACAAGAAGAAGGAUUCUUUGAGAGGUCUGGCACUGUCAAUCCAUUCAAAGAUCGUCUGUAG